UGUCCCCAGCACCCAUCCGAGGCAACCAUGGCCUCCCUGUUCUCUGGCCGUGUCCUGAUUCGCAACAACAGCGACCAGGACGAGCUGGACACAGAGGCCGAGCUCAGCCGCAGGCUGGAGAACCGGCUGGUGCUGCUGUUCUUUGGUGCUGCGGCUUGUCCACAGUGCCAGGCCUUCGUGCCCGUCCUUAAGGAUUUCUUUGUGCGUCUCACAGACGAAUUUUAUGUGCUGCGGGCGGCCCAGCUGGCGCUGGUGUAUGUGUCCCAGGACUCCACAGAGGAGCAGCAGGACCUGUUCCUCAGGGACAUGCCCGAGAAAUGGCUCUUCCUGCCCUUCGAAGAUGAUCUGAGGAGGGACCUGGGGCGCCAGUUCUCGGUGCAGCACCUGCCGGCGGUCGUGGUGCUCAAGCCGGGCGGGGACGUGCUCACGAGGGACGCGGUCGCGGAGAUCCAGCGCCUGGGCCCCGCCUGCUUCACCAACUGGCAGGAGGCAGCUGAGCUGCUGGACCGCAGCUUCCUGCAGCCGGAGGACCUGGACGACCCGGCGCCCCGGAGCCUCACGGAGCCGCUCUCAGGGAAGACCUGCAGCCCCCUGGGCAGCCGUGCUGUUACUAUCCCCCUUUAUAACUGCAUGUUGGGGGGAGAUGAGCUCUGGGAUGUGGUCAUCCGGGGGGGCCUCUAUUGA